AUGCCUGGCUCUUUCACCCCGUUGCGCGGCAAACACGGGCGUUCCAAGUCGGGCGUGCCGGCCGAGGAGGCUACCCUACUCGUCGGCUGGGUUGCCCGGGAGAGCAACGUGGUGGACCGCCUGCUGAACAAGCGAUAUGCGGCGCUCUACCCGAGCACGUUUGUGACCUACCGGCGGGAGACGGACGACAGCCCCUCCAAGGUGUGGCCCAUCAGCGCCGACACCACCGUCAGCGAGGUGCAGGCGGCCACCUACAACCUGCGCCACAAGCACACCAGCACCCUCAUGGCGGUGGCGCGAGGAAAGUACGACCAAGUGGAGAUGCACGGCUUCUCCAUCACCUGGCAGAGCUACCAGGCGGGCGGUGACGUGCUGAAGCUGGCCUUUGACACCCGCUCCGACAGCAGCCUGUCUGACGCCUCUGUCACCAGCAGCAUGCUGGAGGCUGCGCCGCCGACGCAGUCGAUGGAACCUCGCCGCCGCGUGACGUACGAGACGUCACGGGGCGAGGAGGAGCAGGAGGGCGCGGCCGCGGCGCCCGACGGCGGCGGCGGCCGCGGCGACGGCGCCGCCCGCCGCAGCCGCGCGUGGGCCAGCGUGCUGCACGUCAACGGCGUGGCGGUGUAUGUGGAGGAGCAAGAUGCUGAGGGGGAGGGCGGGGCCAUCAUGGUGAGAGGGGAGAAAGUGAUGGCGGCGGUGGUGGUGGUGGUUGUGGCGGUGGCGGUGGUGGUGGUGAGCGCUGUGGUGCGCGCGCCGCCCAGCGACGUGCUGCGGAACCUGGUGCAGCAGCGCAAGGCGGAGGGGCUGGGGGUGCUGAUGGGGGCGCGGGUGGUGGAGCGCAUCGACGCCAACACCCAGAUCAUCGCGCAGCAGUGGAAGCCCACAGGGGCGGCGGGAGGGCUGUGCGCGCCUCGCGAGGUGGUACUGCUGCGCACCUGGCGGCAGGACCGCGAGGACGAGACGUACGUCAUCCUGUACCAGAGCGUGGAGCACAGGGCGGUACCGCGGGCUCGCGGCGGCGGCUGGUACAAGCCCGUGCGCGUGGAGGCCGCGGGCUUCACCGUGUCGCCUCUGAUGAGCAAGUAUGUGCGGCGGGGCGGCAGCGAGGAGUCCCAGGAGUCGCUGGUGACGCUGGGCGGCAUGCUGGGCAGGCUGACGGCGCCGCUUUCCUCCCUGGCCAUGCGGUCUGUGCUGGAGCCGGUGGUGACGAGCGUGGUGAUUCUGCGGGACAAGGUGGAGCAGGACAGAUUCGUGGUCAGGCCGCUGUCCAUGACGGCGGGCGAGGAGGCGGCGGCGGAGGCCGAGGAGCGGAGCGUGAAGGCGCAGGCGUCCCACCGCCGCAUGCUGCAGCGCACCACCACCAUGCUGGCGUACCGCAAGGAACCCCUGGUGGUAUCCCAGCAGCUCGCGGCACAGGCGGUGGCGGCAGGCGCGCCGGCCACGCCUCCGGCCGGCCCCCUGCCCGCGCUGGCAGAGGAGGAGGUGGAGGGGGCGACCGAGGCGGCGGCAGCGGAGCGUGAGGCUGCCGACGCUUGGGCCGUGGGCGGUACCUGCCUGUCGCAGUACUGGUCCUGCCCAGGCGACUGCGGGUUCAAGGUGCGGGGGCCCGCCUACCUGGCAGACAAGAAGAAAGUUGCGGCCACGCCCCCCAUGUUUGAGCUGGUGGCCACCGACCUGCUGCAGCUGGAGGACCAUCUGCACAGCCCCGCGCCGUUCAUCUUCUGCGUGCAACUCAUGGUGCCGUGCGUGCCGCCCAUCUCCCUGGUCGCCUCCUGGGCCUCCCCCACGCCCGUGGUGGGCAGGGCCCCCGCGGAGCUGAUCGCCGAGUAUGAGCAGAAGCAGGGGCCCGCCUCGGACUCUGUGCGCGCUUUCUUCCACGCCCUCACCGACUUCCUGGAGGGCGACGGCAAGGAGGCUGAUGCGCGGCGCAACAAGAAGUUCAAGCUCAUCCCCAACAUCGCCAAGGGCUCCUGGAUCAUCCGCCAGUCUGUGGGCACCACGCCGGUCAUCCUUGGACAGAAGCUAACAACCAAGUACAGCCGGGGGCCCAACUACUUUGAGGUGGAUGUCGACAUCAGCAGCAGCAGCGUGGCAGCCAGCGUGACCAACCUGGUGGCAGGUGCCACCAAGUCUCUGACCAUCGACAUGGGGGUGCUCAUCGAGGGCCAGUCUGGGGAGACGCUGCCGGAGCAGCUGCUGGGCACCAUGCGCCUGGACAAGCUGGACCUCAAGUCUGCGGCCUACCUGGACGAGGGGACGGGCCGCGUGAUGCGGGCCAGUGACAUGUGA